AUGGGGCGAGGGGCGGCAGCUGGGGCCCUGCUGGUGGCACUGGUGGUGCUGGGAGGCCCCCCGGCUGCGGUCGCGGAGCUCUCGGGAGUGUUCCAGGAGAUGAGAACGAGAGAGUGUCACUUCAUUAAUGGUACGGAGAAGGUGAGGUUCGUGAGGAGGUACAUCUACAACCGGAAGCAGUACAUGAUGUUCGACAGCGACGUGGGGGUGUUCGUGGGAGACACCCCCUAUGGGGAGACACAGGCUCGGUGCUGCAACGGAAUGCCGGAAAUACUGGAGGAUAAUCGGGCUGCGGUCGACACGUGCCGGCACAACUACGAGAUUGCUGCCCCGAUCACUGUGGAGCGCCGAGUGCCCCCCAGCGUGUCCAUCUCGCUGGUGCCCUCCUCGAGCUCCCAGCCCGGCCCCGGCCGCCUGCUCUGCUCCGUGAUGGAUUUCUACCCUGCUGCCAUCCAGGUGAGGUGGUUCCAGGGCCAGCAGGAGCUCUCGGAGCACGUGGUGGCCACCGACGUGGUCCCCAACGGCGACUGGACCCACCAGCUGCUGGUGCUGCUGGAAACGCCGCCCCGGCGCAGGCUCAGCUACAGCUGCCAGGUGGAGCACGUCAGCCUGGAGCAGCCCCUGAGGCGGCACUGGGUGAUGCCGCCGGACGCCGCCCGCAGCAAGAUGCUGACGGGCAUCGGGGGCUUCGUCUUGGGCUUGGUCUUCGUGGCGCUGGGGCUCGGCUUCUCCCUGCGC